AUGGCAAUGCAUGCAUUUGGUAUCCUUUUGGUUGUUCUUUACUCUCUGUUGAAAUUUGCAUCCUCGGAUAUCAAUUUUGUACGAGAUGGGUUUCUGCAAGCAGGGUUGAAAAUGGAUGGAGCUUCUUAUGUGAGACCAAAUGGCAUACUUACCUUGACAAAUAAUUCCGCAAAAAUCCUUGGCCAUGCAUUCUAUCCAUCUCCUUUGCCAUUAAAAUCUAGCAAAAACAAAUCCAUUGUGUCAACCUUUAGCACUACCUUUGUGUUUUCCAUUGUUCCUAAGUACCCAGAUCUUGGUGGACAUGGUUUAGCAUUCGUCCUAAUAUCUACCAACCAGCCAAAAGGGUGCCUUGUAAAUCAAUAUUUAGGCCUCCCAAAUGAGACAAGUAAUCAAGAAUUCUCAACCAGGUUCCUAGCCAUAGAGUUUGACGGGGUACAAAACCUUGAACUUGAAGACAUCAAUGACAAUCACGUGGGGAUAGAUAUAUCCAGUCUCAUCUCUAACAUUUCUAAGUCAGCAGCAUACUACUUACCAAGAAAUGACCAAGAUCACAUCAAGAACGUUUCCAUCAGUCUCAAGAGUGGAAAGCCAAUUCAAGCAUGGGUUGAUUACAAUGAAGGAGAGAUGUUUUUCUGCUUCCAACGGUUUGCUGAUAGCUGA